AAUAUACAUAAAGAUUCCUGUACACAAAUCGUCCAUUGCAAUGUCUCUGGUGUACGUUUUCGUGGGGCACACUUGUCUGCACGUGCUAGGGCUGGUUGCCGGCAUCUUACUCGGGCCUAUCGACAGCCUGCCUCUCGUGUUGACCACGUGGCCAUACCAGGAUGCUGUGGAGGCAGGUUGGCGAACGUUAACGACGGGACAGGGGUCGGCCGUAGACGCUGUGGAAGCGACGGGCCACUCGUGCGAGAUGGCACAGUGCCGACACACCGUUGGCUUCGGCGGAAGUCCCGACGAACGAGGGGAGACUACCCUAGACGCCAUGAUCAUGGAUGGGGUAACACACAACGUGGGGGCGGUAGGCGGGCUACGGCGGAUCAAGCAGGCCAUCUCGGUGGCACGGAAAGUGCUGGAUAACACUGACCAUACCCUUAUAGUCGGGGAUCAGGCCACGCAGUUCGCUGUGGAGAUGGGUUUCACGGAAGAAAACCUAACUUCGGACUUCUCCCGUCAGAUUUGGGAGGCUUGGAGGAACAACAGCUGUCAACCCAACUUCCGGGAGAAUGUGGUUCCUGACCCAAAUAAAUUCUGUGGACCAUAUCAUCCAGUCAACAGCCGCACUGCAAGAUCAACUGCAAAUGAGAACCCGUUUACGAUUGGUGAAAAUAACCAUGACACGAUUGGAAUCAUCGCCAUUGACAGCAAUGGCAGGGUUGCGUCUGGAGCUUCCACAAACGGCCUUACAUAUAAAGUCCCUGGACGCGUUGGUGACACCCCGAUAGCCGGCGCCGGUUCCUACGCGGACACUGAUAUAGGGGCGGCCGCCUGUACAGGAAAUGGCGACAUUAUGAUGAGGUUUCUACCAAGCUACCAGGCGGUCAGCCUUAUGGGUACCGGGAUGUCACCACAGAAUGCUGCUCAGCGCGCCAUCGAUACCAUUGUACGGAAGUACCCGACAUUCAAGGGCGCUGUUGUAGCCGCUGAUAAGCAUGGCAAUUACGGAGCUGCUUGUCACGUGUGGACUAAUUUCGCCAUCACCGCCAAGACGCCAGCACUGCCUAACGUCACCGUGUUCAACAUCACGUGCAGCUCGUGAGAGUUUUCGUGUGCCAAGAACGCUGUAGCAACCAUCUGCCUUUCAUUGCUGAAAAUACAUAUUUGCCUGUUAUCAAUGAUAUUUGCGUCAAUUAAUUAUUUAGUCAUUGCUAUAACAUUCAUUGUUCGAAUCCUUGACAAUUCAGGUAGGCCAUUCAUAUCAUUAAUGGGGUGUGUGUGUGUGUGGGGGGGGGUAAGCUUAUUAUACCCUUUCGGCGAGCAAUACUGUAAAAUGCUAAUAGUAAAGAUACUUUUUAAAGUUACAAAAUGUCAAGUUUGAAUAAAACAAUGUUUAUUUAGUUUUCACCGAGAGCUGUUUAUGAUAUAGACAUUAUUUUA